GUACGGCUGAAGUUAUGCAAUGGAAAACAUUACUAUAUGGAUCUACGAAUCAGAAUCUGACUUUCGGUUUUCAUUUUGGCUAUAAAAGCACGACCCCAGGGAAGUGCUAUCAGAAAACUCAUCAGGAACAUCAUGGCUCGGAGCAAUACAUGUUGUCUGGUGCUUCUCUUCCUCUGUGGUGCACUUCUACUGGAAAUGAAUCCCGGGACGACGUUGGUGAGCGCUGUAGUUUGUCCACAAUACUGCUUGGAUGUGGACUAUAUGACGUGCCCGUCCACCGGCGAUAAGCAAUUGAGUCCUAAGUGCAACUGCUGCCUUUCUCCGAAAGGCUGCACUCUUCACCUGACUGAUGGCACAUCGGUUUCUUGCAGUUGAAGAAAUUGGAAGUCUUCUCAAAAUGCUGUGUGCAUUUUAUCCUAUCGAACUUUGUAUCUAAGUUUGAAUAAAGAUCGCAAAAAAUAAAAGAAGACUGCGUUGUCUUUAAAUAUUGUCAGUCACUUGCUUGGGUUUCUGAUGAUUUCUUUUUUC